UCUCUCUCUCUCUCUUACAGAGAUCUUGCUGGAGUUCCUACUGUUGGUCCAAAUAUAUCGUCAUGAAGAUCUUAGAUUGGAUGCACCGAAAACUGCACCCAGCCACCAACUACUCUCGGGUUUCUCAUACAACGGCUCCAGCUUUCGAAUGCGACAUCGUCGAUCUAAUCGAUCCGGCCCACCAGCCCCCGUCGGCGGCCGGAACCGAGCCCGACACCGAAACACCACUCCUCCUCCACGCUAGUCUCGCCGGAAUCCUCACCAUCGGCACUCUCGGCCACUCUCAUCCUUUCUUUCUCCCUUACUUCUCCGAAGAGCCAAAGCUCGAGUUUCCGGUGAAAGAAAUUCAGGUGCCGGCGAAGCCUCCCGCACAAAUACCUUCUUUACAGCCCGGAGCAGAGUAUUUGAUGAUCGAAACAGAGCAGUUUGUUGUUGAGGUUAAUGUUCCGGAGGAGAAGCUGAUGGUCGAGCCGUUGCUUAAGGAAGAGAAAGAGAGAAAGGAGAGGACGACGCUUGCUGAUCUGUUGUCCACCGAGUCGGCUAAUAACGGACGCAAACAAUCACCCGCCAUUGCCGGCGUAAAUAAAAGCGCUCCUCCUUUGAAAUUGAAGAGUGGGGCUAAGGAGGAAAAGCAGGUUAAGAGGAAGAAGAAAGGAGAUUAUUUUGGAUCAUCAAAGUCGGAGACUGUUGCUGCUGCUCAAAGGAUACAAAGAGUAAUGUUUUAUCAUUUGUUACGGCUUACUCUGUUUUUUUCUGUUUGUGCAGUCCAGUCUAGUUUAAAAUUUUCUACCGUUGGAAUGGUGACGUGGCAGAUGAUAACGAGGAUGGUGAAGAAGAAAAUUCAUCCGGAGGCGGCGGCGACUGGAAGAAAGGGCGGAGGAGCGGCCGUCGUUGCAGCUGAUCUGCUUCUUCUCAGCCGCGGCGACGCGGCAUAGUAGUUGCACACAAAAGAACAAUGAGGUGAUAGCUACAAUGAGUGCAAUGUUCUUCCCAUUCCUUGCUGGAAAUAUCUCCUUGAGAAGAUAUUAAUCAAUGGUGUUUUUUUACUGUAAGCUUAAUUAUCUGUAGUGAUUGUUUUUUUGUUGAUUAAUUUAUGUUCUUGCAAUUUGGUUCUUUUGAUCCAUCAAUCAUGGAAAGCCCUUCUGUUUGCUUUCUUAAUUGUAUAAUUUUGGAUUCCUAAUUAGUUUUGGGAGUAUGGACCUGGUUCAUUCAAAUGUUUCCUUUCA